UCUCCUGUUCUACAGACAGCUCCACCGCCGCUUCUUCUUCUUCUUCUUUCAUCUCCGUCCUAUUAUCUCCGUCAUCUCUCUGAACUCUCUGGACUAUCUCCGCCCUAUUCUUUGCUUCUUCUCGGUGUUGGGGAAGUCUUCUUCUCGGCGGAUCGGCCUACGGGAAGUCUUCUUCUUCUUCUUCUUCUUCUUCUUCUUUGCUUCGGCAGCUCCGUUUCAGACUUCUCUUUCUUCUACGAAGUGUUCGAACGCCGAACCAGCACGACUUGGCCCGACCCGAUCUGCCAAAUGUACACGAAGAGAGCCAAAAUCAUCUCGCCCAAUUCUCUCGUAGCUCUACACAAGGUAUGUUCUCAGCCGCGCAAUGCUUUUGAUUCCUUCAAAUUCCUCGCUUUCUUGAGAAAAAAUCUCGGCACCGCCGCUGGAUUGGCGGAUUUUCAAAACCCUAACAAUGGGUACCAAUCAGAAGUUGCUUUUGAGUAUGGUGGAAACCCUAGGGGUGAAAAUCCCACGGGAUUUCAGAACAAUCUGUGGGGACAAAGCCAUGGAAAUGAGUUUGUGAAGAGUGGUGGAGAUUAUCUGCAAAGUAAUGGUGGGGAUUUGAAGGAAACCUCAAAUGGGUUUUACCAGAAUUAUGAUCGGAAGCGAAACCCUAGUGGGGUUAGAAGUCAAAGCCAUGAAAGUGACUUUUCCCAGAAUGGAAAUUAUGGUGGAGUUUAUGGGCAAAGUAAUAAUAAUCUACAGCAGAAUUCAAAUGGGGUUUACCAGAAUGAUAGUGGCGGUCAUUUUGAGAACUCCAGCAAUACAAGUGUUAACAAUUCAAAUGGGAAAAAUGGAAACUUUAGUGGGUAUUAUGGUCAGAGUAAUGGAGUAUUGCAGCAGAAUUCAAACCCGAAUAGGGAAUAUGGAGGAAAUUGGAAUAUGCAGAAUAUAUAUGACUCGUACCAAGGGAGAGCCGUAGAAAUGAAGCAACAGAACCCAAGUGGGUUUAGUUCACAAGGGAUUUCAGGGGUUGAGGGAAAUCCAAAUCGGAACUAUAUGCAAAUGCAUUCAUCGCAAUUUCAGCAAAGUCUGAAUAAUCAGUACGCUGGAAAUGUCGGAAUGAAUCAGCAGAGCCCUAGUUACGGCCAAUAUCAACAAAACUAUCAGCCAAACCAAAAUGGUUUUCAUAAUUCAAUGGUGGCUCCUCAAGUACCGAGUUCUCAGAUACCCGAAGGAGCGCCGGCUGAAGCUUCUGGUAGUAGUCCUUGUGGUGGUACCCUUGAAGAGCUAGAUAAUUUUUGCAAGGAGGGAAAAGUCAAGGAAGCUGUAGGGGUUUUGGGGUCAUUAGAAAAAUGGCAUAUUCCUGUGGAUUUGCCACGGUAUUUACAGUUAAUGCAGGCUUGUGGAGAGGCUAAAGCGCUGGAAGAAGCAAAAGUCGUUCAUGAAUACAUUCUUAAGUCAGAGUCCACUCCACACGUGAGCACUUAUAACAGAAUCCUAGAGAUGUAUUCGAGAUGUGGUUCUAUGGAAGAUGCAUUUUCGGUGUUUGACAAAAUGCCAGAGCAGAAUUUGACAUCAUGGGACAUUAUGAUAACUUGGCUUGCUAAGAAUGGUUUUGGGGAGGAUGCCAUCGAGAUGUUUACCAAGUUUAAACAAGCAGGACGGAGACCUGAUGGUCAAAUGUUUAUUGGGGUUUUCCACGCUUGCAGUGUUGUUGGAGAUAUUGAAGAAGGAAUGUUGCAGUUCAAGUCGAUGAGCAAAGAUUUUGGCAUUAUCCCAACCAUGGAUCAUUAUGGGAGUGUAGUAGAUAUGCUAGGAAGUACAGGCUAUCUGGAUGAAGCUUUGGAGUUCAUUGAAAAGAUGCCAUUGCAGCCCACUGUAGAUGUUUGGGAAACCUUGAUGAAUUUUUGCAGGGUUCAUGGGCACAUGGAUCUCGGGGAUCGUUGUGCUGAGCUUGUUGAGCAGCUAGAACCCUCCCGCUUAACUAAAGAGCUGAAAGCUGGACUUGUUCCAGUGAAAGCUUCAGAUCUCGGAAAAGGAAAGGAAAAGAAGAAUCUAGUAGCUCAAAAUAUUUUAGAGGCAAGGAGCCGAGUCCAUGAAUAUCGAGCAGGAGACACUUCCCAUCCCGAAAAUGAUAAGAUAUAUGCUAACCUUAGGGGCUUGAGGGAACAUAUGAAGGAGGCUGGCUAUAUACCCGAGACUAGAUUUGUCUUACAUGACAUCGAUCAGGAAAGUAAGGAAGAUGCACUUCUUGCUCAUAGUGAGAGACUGGCUCUUGCCCAGGGCCUCCUCAGCACCUCAGCUCGUUCGCCUAUUAGGGUUAUUAAGAAUCUCCGUGUUUGUGGUGAUUGUCAUAAUGCACUGAAGAUUGUUUCAAAGAUAGUUGGCAGAGAGCUCAUCAUGCGAGAUGCAAAGAGGUUCCAUCAUUUCAAGGAUGGGUUGUGCUCCUGCCGAGAUUAUUGGUGAACAGAAAUGAUACUUGAGGACAAACAUAUUGCCUCGACUGUAAAAAUGUUCUUUGCUGCUUCAGCUUGUGGAGUCCUCACUCGGAGAACGUGAGUGGAAUCUGUGUUAUAAUUUAUAAUCCUCCUCAACCUAGGACUUUAUAUAAAUACUGGAUUUACCAAUUUUUUGAACUUUUUCCAAAUUGUGGUCGUAUGAGGUGACCGAUCUUCCUUCACAAUGCAAUGUUCGGUCACUGCGAAGAGUAUUAGCGCCGCCCUUAUCGGGAUUUAAGUAUGACAUGCUGCAGGACGUGAUUCUUGUAUUCUUUAGUUCAACUCUAUUUACGUGAAAUAACUGAAAAUUUUCUCUACCAUUUUUGUAGUCCAUAGAUUCGUUCCUAUGGUGUUAUAUAUACACCCUAUUCUCAUGAUCAAUAACACAGGUCAAUUUGAAGUUUGGUCCGGGCAUGAGACUGAGGAGAUAUGUUACUUUUCUUCAAGAAACUGAAAGAAUGAAAACUAUGGUUUAUGCUUUUAACUUG